ACAAAGAAAGAGAAAUCCUGGGAACAUUAACGUUACUGGCUAUAUGCACAGGUUAGCAAGCCGCUUAAUCAUAAUUGUUCAUUUCAGAUUUGUGCGGACAUGGAAAGGAUAAUUUCUAUGGCAUCCGUGAAAUAAGAAAGAGCUACUCCGGUCAGUAUUCCCAUGAAUAGCAUGUUUGAUUUAAAGUGUGAGAGCUCUUCAGGUGAAGAGGAGGAGACGGAGGCAGGAGACCCCGCUUUAACAGCACAGAUAUCCAGAUGUGCGAACGUAACAUCAGCGGAUUUGGACUUAUUAGAACACACCCGGAACGAGUCUAGUACGGUAAAGCAAACCAUAUGGGCUGUUAACUGUUUUAAAGCCUGGCUGCGGGAAAAGCAGCUGACCAUAGAAUUUAAAACGGCCGACAAGUCUGAGGUAAACACAAUCCUGCGCGAGUUUUAUGGGUCUAUUCGGACGAGCAAAGGAGAGCUGUACGGGAUCAGCAGCUACGUCGGGCUCCGGGCUGGACUCAACCGGUACGUUAACGACCCUCCGGUCAGCCGUGCGUGGAAUCUGAUGCAGGACGCCGAGUUCAGGUCUGCUAACAAUGUUUUUAAAGGCGUCGUCAAGCAGAUCCGACGCUCCGGUAGGGAUAUAACAACACACUACCCACCAAUUACACCUGAGGACCAGCACAUCCUCAAGCAUUCUACUGCACUGGACCCGGGGAACCCAAAGGGCUUGUUGUAUAAGGUGUGGUAUGACAUCCAGUUGCAUUUUGGGCUCAGGGGUAAGGAGGGCAACCGACACCUGCAGCCAGACACGUUUGCUCUGAACCUGGACCAAAGUGGAUUUAAAUACUUCACUAUGGCACUACACGAGGAACCGAAGAACAUGCCGGAGAAGGACAAGAAGAAACGGAAGGCUAUGUUUGAAGAGCCGGGGAAUCCGCUGUGUCCUGUUGCGUCUCUGGAAAAAUACCUGAGGAAAAUCCCAGCCGACGCUAAAGCUCUCUAUCUGCAGCCCAAAAGGAGCUAUUUCCUCAGUGAUGAGAUCUGGUAUACUGGACUUCCACUGGGAGUCAAUCAUUUGUCCCAAAUGCUGCCCAAAAUAUGCAAAGAGGCAGGUACGAGAACGAUCUACACUAACCACAGUCUGAGAAUAACAGCUAUUCAGAGACUGAAUGAACCGAGGGAGAUCAUGGCAGUAUGUUUACAAAGUGUUCCAGUUGAGAUUACCACUCAGUGGCCUUCGCUCCAGGAACCCACCCCAUACUCUCCUGCCAGUGAGCUUGACUCCAGCUCUGCCAAACAGGAGAGUCCUGUGAACAGUAACAGCAACAGUUGGGUGAAACAGGAGCCGGAGGUUAAUGCAAUUCAGUGGGAAGACAGGAACUUGGAGCCUGCCAUUCAACUUGAGAAGGACAACAAUGUGAACAGUGCUGUCUCCACAGAGACGCCUUCGAUGGAGGGUUUACCCAGCAGUGUUAUGCUGACCAUCACUAAACUUCAGUGCCUACUAGAGAGCAAACAGGAAAGGAUCGAAGCUCUGGAAAGACAAGUGCAGGACCUAAUGGAGGAUCGCAAGUUCCUCCGCGCACAAAUCGAGAACCUCACUGGUGCUCGUCUUAUUUCAGUGCCUGAAGCAAGCACAUCAGUCAUCUCAGAGUCCAGAUCACGUAAAAGACGGCGAAAGAGCUCAUCCAGCUCGUAUAUCAACGAUGAGUGCUUCACCGAUGAAUCCAGCAGCACAUCAUCAUCUGAAGAGUCCAGCAGCAUGAGGAAAAAGAGACGCCACAAGAAGAAAAGGAAGAGAGAGAAACAAGCGUCUCAAACUUGCAGUAAGUCCAAAAUGCAAGCUAAUACUAAGGCAAAUCACAGAUACGUUACCCACUGUGACUAGAUCUUGAUUCGCCUUCAUCAGGAAAAAAGAAGAAGAAGAAGAGCAUGAGUAGGCUUUCCUGCUAUAAAGUUCACAGGGCCCAGGACAGUUUUUACAAGCAGACCUCCAUGUGCCAAGAAGUACAGUAGGUUGUACUGUAAAAGAGGUUAUUUGGGUACUCCAGCGCUUCUGGUUGACCCUCACUGCCUGUGUCCCGAACAUGUAUCAGGGUCUGAUCAGGCCUUGUAAGGAAACACAUGCCAAGCAGUGUGUUCCCUCUGCUGAGCGGUUCAGUUGAUCAAUAUUUACAGUUCGGAAAAGCUUCAAUGAUUCUGAGCCUCGUUCUAGGGGAUUUAUGAGUUCAUCUUGCUUUAAAUACUCAAGUUAUAAGGGACUACAACAGUUUAUCAAAUGUAACCUUAAAGGGGUUUGACAAUGAAACUGAAACGCCUGGUUGUAGACCACAAUAAUUCAUUAUUAUGGUGUAGGGCCUUCUUUUGCGGUCAAUACAGCAUCAAUUCAUCCUGCUAAUGACAGAUACAAGUCCUGACCAGUGGCCAGAGGGAUUUUGAGCUAUUUGUCUUGCAGAAUAGUGGCCAGAGGUGGAGGAAAACUUUUCCUCACUUGCUCUUCCAAAACACCUCAAAGUGGCUCAAUAAUAUUAACAUCUGGUGACUGUGCAAGCCAUGGAAGGUGUUUAACUUUCAUGUUCAUCAAACCACUCUGUCACCAGUCUUACUGUGUGUAUUGGUGCAUUAUGAUCCUGAUACAUGGCACUGCUUUCAGGGUAUAAUGUUUGAACCAUUGGGUGCACAUGGUCCUCCAGAAUGGUUUGGUAAUCCUUUGCAGUGAUGCACCCAUUUAGUGCAAGUAUUGGCCUAGGGAAUGCCAUGAUAUUGUUGCCCAAACCAUCACUGAUCCAUGGGUGGGUCUGGGUGGUGCACUUCUUUGGGGCUUCUCCACACUGUAACUCUCCCGGGAUGGGAAAGACAGUGAAGGUGGACUCAUCAGAGACCAAUACAUGUUUCACAUUGUCCACAGCUUAAGAUUUUUGCUGCUGGCACCAUUGAAACCGAUGUUUGGCAUUGGCACAAGUGACCAAUGGUUUGGCUACUGCAUGCCCGGCCAUAUAUAUUGACCCAGUGGAGCUUCCAAACAGUUUUGUUUUCCCAAACAGGAUACAAUCCAAUAGCACCUGGACAUCUCUUUCAGCAGCUUACUAUUGCGUCCACAGUUACUCCUGUCAGACGGGGUUCUUGUUCUUUGGGGUAUGCUGGCAUUAAUUUGGAUACUGAGGCUCUUAAUACAUCACAAAGCCUUGCUGUCUUGAUAAGAGAUGCACUGGCGAGACGUACACCAUUAAUUUGUUCUCUUUUGAACUCUGAAAUGUCACCCACAAUGUAGUGUGCAUUGCAAAAUUUUAAGCAAAACUGUCUUAUUCUUCUGCCAAUUAAACCUUCACCUUACUGGUGAAAUGUGCAAUCAAUGAAGAUUGACCACCAGGCUGGUCAGAUUUAGCCAUGAAACCCAUCCAACACUAAAUAAACCAGUGUUUUAGUUUCAUUGUCCAACCUCUGUACUUACAUGUCCUUAUGUACAGAUUUCAAAUAUCGUUUUAAAACUAAUCGUUGUGAACAAGUCUUCCGGAUUGACUUAUAAAUUGAAUCCUUUUCAAGAAGGACAGAGCAGAUGGAUGCAUCUGAAGAACUGUUUUUUUAGUUCUGAAUACAUAAGACUGAUGUUCAUGUUUGACACUAGAGGGAGCCAUUGGUACCAUUGCGCUGCUGAGCCCUAAAGAGAAACAAAAGUAAGGGGUGGUGUUGAAACAUGUUUCUACGCGAUGUAUCUCUUACUCUUUUAUUUAUUAAAUGAGUCUUUAUGUGCGAGUCUGUUUGAUGUAUAAGGAUUUCGAGUAAAUGCGCUGAUCUUGUACAUAUUUUUGCGUACAGCAGCAGUGUGAAACAUCAUCCAGUUCAGUCAUAAAGCACUGAUUACAUGCGUAUGUGUGGAUUGUUUGAAUCUGUUUAUUUCUUUAUUACACAGUAACACUACAAUAAUAUGUUCGUUUUAGCCUUCUUUAAGGGAUAAUUUAGCCAAAAGUAAAGAUUUACUCACUAUUUACAAAACCUCAAUUGGUUAAAAUUGGACUUUUACAAAAAAAUUUUUUCCUGAUGAAAACAAAAGAAGGUAAUUUGAAGAAAGCUAAAAACUGGCAAGCAUUGCCAUUCAUAGAAGGAAAAACAAAUACUAUGGAGGUUAUAGAAAAACUCAAUUUUCACCUUUGGAUGAUCCCUUUAACUUCUGGCCCAUGAAGUCUACUGUCCUUCAGAGCUUGCGACAGCAUUUUAGCCUUUCAAAUUCACCACAACGGUUGUCGGGAAGCCUAAAAAACAUGUUAUUUGUUUAGACUAUCAGAAUACACUGUACAAAAAGCAUGAAUUGAUUAUGUGAACAUAACAAAUUUAAGUGGAUUGAAUAUAAAACAAUUGAGUUGUCCCAAGAAAU